AUGUCCACAAUAUAUUACUUUUUUUAUUGGUACUUACCGGCGGCAGCAGUCGAAGAAGAGGAAGAAGAGGAUGAGGAGGAAGAGGAGGAAGGAGGUCGCUUGCGGGAAGCACGAACCACGGAAGAGGAAGAGGAAGAGGAAGGACGAACCACGGAAGAGGAAGAGGAAGAGGAAGGACGAACCACGGAAGAGGAAGAGGAAGAGGAAGGACGAACCACGGAAGAGGAAGAGGAAGAGGAAGGACAAACCACUGAAGGGGACGAGGAAGAGGAAGCGCGAACCACGGAAGCGUAUGAGGAAGUGGGAGCGCGAACCACAGAAGAGGAAGAGGCAUCGCGAACCACAGAAGAGGAAGAGGGAGCGCGAACCACAGAAGAGGAAGGACGAAUCACGGAGGAGGACGAGGGAGCGCGAACCACAGAAGAGGAAGAGGAAGAGGAAGAGGAAGGACGGACCACGGAACAUGCUAAAUAUAUAAUAAUACAUAUAAAAAAGAAAAGAAGGUCAAUUAUUUAA